GAAUUCUUUUCUUUUUCAAAAAGAAAUUAUUUUUUUCCACCGAAACGAAGUUCAGCAGUUCAGACUCACUCUCAGCUCUUCUACUCUUCCAACAGUCUCCUGAGCCUGGGUGAAUAACCUUUACGGAGUUGUCAGGAUUUGUGGACUGUUAAGGAUCGUCUGUCUGUAGCUCAAAAACUAUCAUGGAUGCCAACUCUGGGAAGGAUGAACACUGCUCUGGUGAACUGGAGGAAGAAUCGAAGAAUGUUGACUCUCUUGAUGUGAUUGUAUCUAGUGGAGAAACCAUGCAAGAACUAGGAAGUAUUGAGGAGGAGGUUAUUGCUAAGAUUGAAGUAGAUUUAGCAGGCUCCUCAGAGAAACUUGCCAAUUUAGGUGUACUUAAAAUGCAUGUGGAAACAAGGGAAAAUGAAUUUGAGGCUUUUGUUGCUGAGAAGGAGCAAAGUUCAAAUGAUUCUGUUCAGAAGGCGAUGGAGUUUGAGCUUUUAUCUGUACUCUUGGACUCUGAGGUAAGGGAACUAAGUGUUUUGUUGUCCUCUCUUCAAAUGGAGAUUGGGUAUUCCCGCCAGAUCAUACCUUCAUGUGAGGAUGCAGGAGAACUUUAUGGGGUGAUUGAAGAAAAGUUGAAUGAUGCCGAGAGUUUCCUAAAGCAGUCACAAGAACAGCUUUCGGAAUUGAUGGAGCAAUCUUCCAAUUUUCAAAGGAUUCUAUUGACCAUGGAAAAUGUAAACGGGGAAGACGAUGAAAAAGUUUUGGAAAUUCUUGAAAAUGCUGCUCCUUUAACUCCAAAUACACAGAUAAAAAUGCAGAUUGCAGAGCAUCAAAGACAGGUUUUGCAAAUGCUGGAAAAGUCUCUGGCAAAUGAGCUGGAUCUUGAGAAUAAACUUUCUGAAUCUAAACAACGUGAAGAAGAGCUGAAUAUUAGUUUUCAGCAACAAUUAUUCUGCUUAGAAAUAGAGCUCGAAGAUGCUUGUGGAAGGCUGUUUACAGCAGAAAAUGCUAGUGAAGUCCUGCUUGGGGUUUCAAAAGAGCUAAGGGGAAAACUUCAAAGAACACACUUUAAUUUAAACAGUGCUUUACAGAGAGAGGAAGACUUGAAGUCUAAACUGAAAGAUUUGAAUGAACUAGUUUUAGCCAAAGACAGCUUAUUGCAGAAGGCAGAGAAUACCUGUGAAGAACUUAGGACAAAAGUGAACUCAGUUGAUAAACAAUUGAAAGAUUCUGACUCUCUCUUACAGACUGCUAAAAUCUCUGCUCAGAAAAACUUGGAAAUGAAGAUUCAUGAAAUGGAAGCUAGAAUAAAUGAUCUGAUUGAAAAAUGUUCCAUAGCUGAAAGAAGAGCCGAAACUGCAGAAGCUGAGUGUAAAUCAUUAAGAGAUGUCAAUAUGGAGCUCAACGAAGAUCUCAGUCUCUUUAGGAAUAGUAGUAGUGUUACUUCUGAGAGAAUUUAUCUGCUUGAGAGGCAGUUGAAGGAAUCUGAGCUUCAUCUUCAACAUGCAGUGGCAUCUGCUGAAGCCAGUCAGGAGAAGCAAACGAUGUUAAAUUUUACUAUAAAGGAUAUGGAAAAUCUAAUUGAGGGUCUAAAGUCGAAGGUUUCUAAAGCUGAAACUCUAACUGAGAGUGCUGAAGAAAAGUGUAUCAUCUUGUCAGAAGCUAAUGCUGGUCUCAAUGAUGAAUUGAAUUUUCUGAGGAGUAGAAUGGAAUGCAUGGAGGCAUCCUUGCAUCAAGCUGAGGAAACAAAGAAGGCAACUGCCAGAGAUAUUAGCUUCCGUACUCAACUGAUAACAGAUUUGAUUAUGCAAUUGGCACUUGAAAGAGAAAGACUUCAUAAGCAGAUAUCGUCAUUGAUGAAAGAGAAAAAGGCGCUGAUGAAGCAGUUUGAGCAAACUCUGAUGAAGCAGUUGGAGCAAAAGGACAAGGUUCCUGAUGCAGUUCUCGGUGGAGAUGAUGCAGAAAAUACGGGAGAGUCCAUGCUCACUGAGCACAAGUCGUGUAGUGCAAAUUCACCAAAAGAGAGCACAAAAGAAGCCACGGAGGUCCCUUUGUCUGAUAACAUGCAGGAUGAGGAUGAAAGUGAAACAUCUCAAGAAAUUUUCGAGGAUGAGCCAAAGACAGAAGAACACGCUGUUUCAACAUCCAAACUUGAUUCCACAAGGGACAUAGAUGCAAGGCAGCUUAAGUCCAAGUAUUUCAUCACAGCUGCUCUUUUGAUUAUGAUUCCUGCUCUCCUAGCUGUUCUGUAUCAGCAUAUGAACUCAUCUUUAGGGUAAAAUUUUGAACCCAGUUUCGUUUAGACAAAAAUUUUGAACAGUGUUGAGACACUAGAGAAAGAAACAGAAUCUUGUUUGAUCACAAUAUGCUCUCUAUUUAUACUCAUAUUUCGGUCAUAAUUAAUAUAUGCAGCCGUUGGUUAACAA